AGGUUGGUUAAGGUUGCCAGAGAUUCGUUAAAAAGCCUUAAUCAGUGGGUUUUGGGUGGUGGAGAUGUUGUUGGUGUGGUUGUUUGCUGCUGAAAGGGGAGGGUAGAGCUUGAGGAGGACGGGAGCGUAGCGAGGGGCUCUGUGAAACGUCAGAAACAGCACACAAGCAUCGCCACGUAAUUACGGACUCCUAUUAUGGUCCAACUACCCUCCCAGGAGUCUCAGAGUUUCAUUUACUCCCCGGCUGGUUCAGGCAGCAUCCGCAGCGUGCCAGCGUGCGCCUCAUUUGAAGUGCCAGAGCAAGAGAGAAGCAGAGACUGAGAGAAACAGAGAGAGAGUGAAGGGAAAGCAUGAGAGAGUCGACUGAUUCUCACUGAGAAAAAGCAAUAGUUCCAAGAAAGGUGCCUUAGCCAUUGCAGAGUCAGUUUCCCAGUGCGUUCAGCCCUGAGCUGAGCCAGCUUUACGCACACACGAGCGCAUCUGUUCGGCAUCAGUUAAGCUCAGUCAGUUGCGACCGUGAGUCAACAGGAGUGGGAAGUGGGGAGGACUUUUUAAGAGGACUUCUUGAAAACCCAGAUGCAGGACGCUGUGAUUUUAUAUGGAGACUCUAUUUGUUGUUUAUGCGCGUGUAUGGAUGGACCGGAUGCGUAGAGAUUUGUGAUCGAGGGAAAACAAACAAGAGGAAAAGCUUUUUUCUUCUAUCUGUAGAAGUUUGGUUUACUGCCGCUGCUGCGUCUGGAUGUGAGCAGCAACUGUGCUUUGCUUGGAAAACUGAGGUUUCUCCGGCUGGUUUGUAGGCGCUGUUCCUGUUCGUGCGUUCUAUGUGCAAGGAUACAUUUGGCUCGCUUAUUAUUAUUGCUCAGUUUUUUUCUACUGUAUCCUAUUUGCGUCAUGACUUCUAGCUAUGCACAUGUAAGGGACAGGCAAGCAACGAUAUCAAAUCGCUUGGAGAGUCCGAUUACAUCGAAUCUGGAAAACCUUCAAGCCAAAAAGAACUUCUCCGUGAGCCACCUGUUGGAUCUGGAGGAGGCCAGGGAAAUGGUUGGGACACAGGCGGACGAGAGUGUCGGUGAGGCAGGGAGGAAUAUGCUGGAGUCCCCGGGGCUGACCAGUGGGAGCGACACCACCCAGCAGGAGAAUGAGCAGCUGAACGCAGAGGAGAAGAAGAAGAGGAAACAGAGGAGGAACAGAACUACGUUCAACAGCAGCCAGCUGCAGGCUCUGGAGAGGGUGUUUGAGAGGACACACUACCCUGACGCCUUCGUCAGAGAGGACCUGGCACGCAGGGUCAACCUCACAGAGGCACGGGUGCAGGUGUGGUUUCAGAAUAGAAGAGCAAAGUUUCGUCGGAACGAGCGAGCCAUGUUGGCCAGCAAGAACGCCUCGCUCCUUAAGUCCUACUCUGGGGACGUCACGGCCGUGGAGCAGCCCAUCGUACCCCGUCCGGCCCCCCGCCCAAAUGACUACCUAUCCUGGGGCAGUGCCUCUCCUUACAGCUGGUACCCAAUGCCGGAGGGAGUGCCAAUGCGAGUGCCACAGAAAAUGCUGCCCUCACAAAGCAAUGCCAUGGCAACCUACCCCCCCACAUGCUCCAACCCCAAUACAUCCCAGGGAAUGAACAUGGCUAACAGCAUCGCCAACCUGCGGCUCAAAGCUAAGGAGUACAGCUUGAACCACGUGCCCACGGUCAACUGAGGAGAGAGGGGGGAGAGAGAGGCUUCAUGGUGGGGCUGGGGUCUCUCUCUCUCUCUCUCACACGUCUGUCCCACACAGACAGACAGUAAGAACCCUGCCUGGCCCCCACAGGGAUGAUUAAGAUCUGCCCUCCAUUUUAGCUUGAAGUCUCCUCUCGUUCCGGAGCUAUAGCGAUGGACCUGCUUCCUAUACUGUCCGCAAACCUGAAGCAUCUGAUGAGAAAGCAAGCGACGCGAGGGAAUCACGAGAGGCUGUUUCUGUGAGCCGCGUCUCUCCUAUCCUGAGCAUCGCUGAACUGUCGCUGUCUGUACUAACCAAUUAAACAAAAGAGAUCAACCAAUUAAACCAAAGAGAUCAACCAAUUAAACCAAAGACAUCUAGACUGGGACUGGAUGCUGUAGCAAAUGACUGUUUUUAUUCUUUCUUUCAAUUUGGUUUUGACUGAAUGAAAGGCUAGUCUCCAAAGAUAUGGAAAUCCUGACCGAAUCAAUCUGACUGUCAGGCUGUCAGUGUCCAUUUCUAGUUUUAUUCACGGUCAAGACCACAGUGACCACUUCCUUGGGGUGAGGAGGAGAUGAGGAGGAGACACCAGGAUGGACGACUUUUCAAAUGGAGUUUCCUGUAUUUUUAUUAUAGAGCAUUCAAUAGGAUUAUAACAGCAGAAUGGGAUGAGUAACUUCCUGAUCAACAACAACAACAACAUCAACAAGGACUUAUCCUUGGGAGGUUACAAACAUUUAUACAUUUUAAUAUUUUUUCUUCUCACAUGUCUUUCCAUUUUAUUCCACUGACAAGCAAACCCUUUUUCCCGGCGCAUUUUGAUUCAUAUAAUGCCAUGGUACACUAUACAGGAAAGGCUAAUGUAACCUAUUUCUGAAUCCAAGACCGUAGUUUCGCUUAAUCUAUGUAUGAUAUUCUUUAUUUGUAACAGAUAAUCAUGUAUAUUAAUAAACUCAAGCAAAGUAAUGCCACUGUGUCAGACUUACACGGUUGAAAGCUAUUUGAGGGUUGCACUAUCCAGCCACGAUAUCUACAUGAGAUUUAAACUAUUUAAAUAGAAAGAUGUGGAGGCCACUUUUAGAGUAUCUAGAAUUUUUUUAGAAUAUCUAGGAAUUUUUAGAAUUUUAGAAUAUUUAGAAUUUUAGAAUAUUUAGAAUUUUAGAAUAUUUAGAAUUUUAGAAUAUCUAGGAAUUUUUAGAAUUUUUGAAUAUUUAGAAUUUUAUUAAUAUUUAGAUUUUUUAUAUAUUUAGAAUUUUUGAAUAUCUAGAAUUUUAGAAUAUUUAGAAUUUCCCAAAGGGAAUCAUAUCAAAUGUAAUUUACCAAAGUUCAAUCAGGAAGGCCGGUGUGAAUGCUUGUUUAACUUCAUCCAGGAAGCAUAACAUAAUUCACUGUGUUUCCUAUUCUAGGGGCAUAGUGUCUUGUUUCUUCUCCUCUUUCCUAUUAGCCACGUGCAGAAUGACAUUCACCUAUUGACCCUAUAGCCUAUAAGCACGGCACCGUUAUGCACAUUCCUCACGCUUGAUGUUUAACCUAUGGGCUCACUUUGGCAAUUAUCACCUUCCUCUCUCUCAACCAAUAUGGGUCGUAAGUCUUGGGAUGUAUUUAUAUGUCAACUUAUCUUCGUUCUCUCACUUGCUGUUUUUCAGCAACAGUUUUCAACAACCAUUCACCUCCCCACCACCAGCAGCUAUAAUAACCUUAAGGUGCGUCAUUGUAACUCCUUUACCCCAGCGGGGGGUUCGAUGCCCGGCUAGUAGUCCCGCAUAGCUACCUGCCAUCACAUCUGGCUCUGAGGAUCUUCCCUCGGAGAUGAGGCCAUUCUCCAAACUAUUGAAUAAAAUGGAAUAUUGCA